UGCUUUGGGUGUGACCAGAUCUUUGGGCCCCGCCCUGUGGCUGGAGGUGUGCCUUUGUAUAUCCUGUGCUCGCUACUCCAAGCUCAGUCGCAGGCUCGGGGCAGAACUACAACUCCCAGCAGCUCGUGCGGCCGGCCGCCGGGGAAAGACGUGGAGGAUCCCUGGGACCAGACCGGACUAUACCUCCACCGCCUGUGCGUUGGGGCUGCAGAUGCAGCUACAGCUGCAGCUACUGGGAUAGCUGAGGCAGCACCGUCGCCCCCGGGCCUCUGCACGGCUUGGAGGCGGCGGCGGCCCGGCUCUAGGGCGAUGGGCAGCUGCUGGAGCCGCCGGGACGCGCGCAGACAGCGGCUGGACAGCCUCCUGCCCUAUUAUGGAACUUUGCCCCGGGGUCCAGCCAAGACCUGUGUGGAGGUGAGUGGCUACCAGCAAAGCCUGUGGCGGACUGGCCUGUGCCACAUCGGGGCCCUGCUGACGGCCGGCAUCCUGCUACUGAUCUUCCACUGGAAACCAGAGCUGGAGGUAAAGGCCAAGUGCACCUCCUGCCCCUUGCAGCAGGCUGACUGGCUCAUCAUCAAGGAUCAGUUUGGGCAACUUUUCACCACCCAAGUGCAAACUGAGGUUGUCAAUGAAGGCAGUCCCAGCCCAGCCGUCUUCUGCCUCAGUCUUCCCAGCCUGAAUGUACCCCUGGAAGACCAAUGGAAUAGGAAGCUGGACAAAGAUGGAAGGAGCCAUAUGGCAGUGGGAGUCUCACAGGAGGAAGCCUGGAGAGACACCAUCCAACUAUAUAAGAAAGAGGAGCAAAACAUCCUUCGGUAUUAUGUGUUUGAAGGGGUCCGAUACAUAUGGAUUGAGGCUCAACAGGCCUUCCGCCGAGUCAGCGUGCUAGAUGAGACCAGAACCUUUGAAGACCUUCAUCACUGCAGCAUUGGACUCAGCUCCCAAGAACAAGAACUAAAAAAGACAAUAUAUGGCCUUAAUCUGAUCGAUGUACCCGUCAAAUCGUACAUUCGACUUCUGGUGGACGAGGUGCUGAAUCCUUUCUACGUGUUCCAGGCCUUCAGUAUCGGCCUGUGGCUUUGGGACUCCUAUUACUACUAUGCUGGUUGCAUUUUCCUCAUCUCAGUUAUCUCCAUCAUCCUGGCCCUCUAUGAGACCAGGAAGCAAAGCCAGACUCUGCAGAACAUGGUGAAGAUGACUAUGAGUGUGAUGGUGCGCCGAGCUGGUGGAGAAAACGUGCUGGUCGAUUCCACGGAGCUGGUGCCCGGAGACUGCCUGGUGCUCCCUGCUAAUGGCACGAUGAUGCCCUGUGAUGCUGUUCUCCUGUCCGGAGAGUGCAUGGUCAAUGAGAGCAUGCUGACAGGGGAAAGUGUACCAGUGACAAAGACUUCACUCCCCAGCAGUCCCAUCCUCUACUCUCCUGAGGAACACCGCCGACACACACUCUUCUGUGGAACACUAGUCUUACAAGCCAGGACCUAUAUGGGAGCUGACGUCUUGGCAGUGGUGACUCGGACAGGAUUUUGUACAGCAAAAGGGGAGCUGGUUAGUUCCAUCCUCCAUCCCAAACCCAUCCACUUCAAAUUCUACAGAGAUGCCCUGAAAUUUGUCUUCUUUCUCUUUAUUCUGGCUACCCUAGGCACCAUCUAUAGCAUCGUGAUUCUGAUCCAUAACAAGGUAACUGUGAUGGAGAUUGUAAAGCGGUCCCUGGACCUGGUGACAGUGGUAGUACCACCAGCACUCCCAGCUGCCAUGACUGUUGGCAUCAUCUAUGCCCAGAAUCGCCUCAAGAAACACAAAAUCUUCUGUAUCAGCCCACCUCGAAUCAACCUUGGGGCCAAGCUGCGCCUGGUCUGCUUUGACAAGACAGGCACGCUGACAGAGGAAGGCCUAGAUGUUUGGGGCGUGCUCCCCAUGAAAGGUCAUGAUUUCCUGUCCCUGCUCCCAGACCCGAGGCAGCUCUAUGGAGGUCCCCUGCUCACCGCCCUGGCAUCCUGUCAUUCCAUUUCCUUGUUGAAUGACCAGCCCAUUGGUGACCCCAUCGACCUCAAAAUGGUGGAGUCCGUUGGUUGGUUCCUGGAGGAAGAGGGAUUGGAGACCUUAGUGUUUGGGACCAAGGUCAUGGCUAUGAUGAAGCCCCCGCCCCCAGAGGAGCAGCUUCAUGGGACAGAGCCCCUGGAACCCAUUGGCGUCCUCCAUCGCUUCCCCUUCUCAUCAGUCUUGCAGCGGAUGAGUGUGGUCAUAGUCCGGCCAAAGGAAGCCUUUCCUGAGGUUUACCUGAAGGGGGCCCCUGAGAUGGUGGCUAGUCUCUGUAUCCCAGACACAGUGCCUCCAGAUUUCUCCCAGAUACUCCAGCAAUACACGGCAGACGGAUUCCGGGUUCUGGCCUUGGCCUUCAAACGCCUGCUUCGUCCUCUCACUUUGGAAGAGACUCAUCAACUGGUCAGGACAGAAGUGGAGAGCGAGCUGACCCUGCUGGGCCUUUUGGUGAUGAGGAACGUGCUGAAACCAGAGACGGAGCCCACCAUCCACACCCUGCGCAGGGCCAACAUCCGGACAGUCAUGGUCACAGGUGACAACAUGUUGACCGCAAUUAAUGUGUCUCGGACUUGCGGCAUGGUGAGGCCCCACGAGCCGGUGGUGAUCGUCCAUGCCUCAGCCCCUGCCUUUGGCAAACCGGCUUCAAUCAAGUUUGUCCCCUUUGAGCACCCCUCAAACGAGGACCGAGCUGAAUCCAAAGGGUGCACUGUGGAGCUGGCCAGGGAGCACUGCCACCUGGCACUCAACGGGAAGGCAUUUGCUGUGAUUUUGGACCAUUUCCCUGAAUUGUUGCCCAAGAUCCUGCUGCAGGGCACCAUCUUUGCCCGAAUGACACCAGAACAGAAGACUCAGCUGGUUUGUGGCUUUCGAAACCUGAACUACUGUGUGGGCAUGUGUGGAGAUGGGGCCAAUGACUGUGGGGCCCUGAAGGCAGCCGAUGUGGGCAUCUCCCUGUCAGAGGCUGAGGCUUCUGUGGCGUCGCCUUUCACCUCCCAAGUCACCAACAUCGAGUGUGUGCCUAAGGUGAUCAGGGAAGGGCGAUGCUCGCUGGUCACCUCCUUCUGCAUCUUCCAGUACAUGGCUCUCUAUAGCUUCAUCCAGUUCAUUUCCGUUCUUCUGCUCUACACCAUCAAUACUAAUCUAGGUGACCUACAGUUCCUGUUCAUUGACUUGGCUAUCACAACCUCCGUGGCAGUGCUAAUGAGUUUCACGGGGCCAGCCCCAGAGUUGGGGGUCUCCCGGCCCCCAGGGGCCCUGCUCCGUGUGACCGUCCUGGGCAGCCUCCUCCUUCAGACUGUCCUGGUUGCCACCAUCCAGCUCAGCAGCUACUUCAUCACCAUCUCCCAGCCCUGGUUUGUUCCUUUAAAUAAGACGAUUUCAGGGUCCCAGAACCUGCCCAACUACGAGAACACAGUCAUCUUCUGCCUCUCGGGUUUCCAGUACCUCACGCUGGCUGUGACCAUGUCUAAGGGGCCCCCUUUCCGCCGCCCCAUCUACACAAACGUGCUUUUCCUUUUGGCCUUGUUUGUCCUGGCCUCCAUCCUGACUCUGCUCACCCUGGGCCCCCCGGGCUUCCUGAUGAAGUGGCUCACCCUGAAGGACAUCAAGGACAUGCGCUUCAAGCUGCUGCUGCUUGGCUUGGCUGCCUUCAACUUUGUGGCCGCGUUCAUGCUCGAGUGUAUUUUUGACCAGUGGGUUCCCAGGUGCUUGCGAUGUCUGUGCGGGAAGAAGCCAUCCAAGAAAUUCUUCAAGCGUCUCGAACGGGAGCUGGCCCAGCAGAGAACUCCCUGGCCCCCUCUCCACCAGCCCAUCCUAGCUACCCCCAAGACAGCCUCUGCCCUGAGGUAGCCCUGGAUGCUGCGGACAUUCCUGGGGUGGAGGUCUGAGCCCCCCCCAUCCCCACCUCAUCUAUUUAUGCAUCUUGGUAGCAACACUGUACGUGGCCUGGAGCUGGCCAACACACUCCUCAGGCACCUGAGCCCAGAGAAGAACGCCUGCCUGUUCCCACACUCUUCGUCCUUGGCUGAGACUGGGGGCACAGGGCAUCUCCACUCCACGGGAGCCACCCCCAAAGGCAUCGGAUUCCUCCCUCCCCUGCAGCGAGGGGCUUCACUUCUGGACUAAUCUAGUCCCCCUCCAAUUUCUCAGUCCCCCCUUGGAAAUAGCCUAAUUUUUUAUCCAUGGACAUGGGCAUGUGGAGGGGUCAGGUGCAGCUGACCCUCGGAGCCCCUGUUGACAGACUGAAUAAAUUUGCCUUAUUUUCCUGGCUGUACUGAUGGUAUGUGAGACCUUGGCCCUGACCAGCAGCCCCUUGGUCAGGAUGCCUCUGCCUCCAUCUCCCCCUCUUCUCUGUUCUGAGCCUCAGCAGAGUACUAAGACGUGGGUCACCUAAAAGAACCUUAGACUGACUGCAAGGAACCCUGAAGGGGUUCUAGGUUUGGUUCUGCCACUACCCAACUCGGCAGCCUCACACAAUUCAUUUCACCUUUGUGGGCUGCCUUAGUUUCUUCUUCUGUAAACUCUUGGACAAUAAUACUUUCGGCAUGACCUACCUCAGAGGGUCCUUGGGAACUUCAGAGCUCUAUAGAAAUGGCAGUCAUUAUUGAGCCUAAGUCUAGCUGCCUUUUUGUGUCCCUUAAAUACCUUUUCUGUGCUGUGGUGGCCAACAGGAAUGAGAACAGGGACAAAUAUGAAUAAGGGCCAGUGAGAACAGGGACUGGUGUGAAUCAAUGUGAACAGACCAGUGAAAACAAAAGGGAGGAGGGGAAGUUAGGUGGCUUAAUGGAUUGAGAGCCAGGCCCAGAGAUGGGAGAUCCAGACACUUUCUAGCUGGGUGACCCUGGGCAAGUCACUUACCCUCCAUUGCCUAGCCCUUACUGCUCUUCUGCCUUAGAAUUGAUACUAUUGCUUCUAAGACAGAAAGUGAUGAGUUUAAAAAAAGAAAAAUGGGGAGGCAGAGAUGAGCCAGUACUGGGAGAUAAAAACUAACUCAUUGGAUGAUGGAAGCAAGAUCAGAGAAAGAACUUGACAGGGUAGAGGAGAGAACCAAGCAGAAUAUAAUGGAAUUGAAUAGCAAUAAAUGUCAAGCCUUACACAUGGGUUCAAAAAGUCAAUGUCAUAAGUACCAAGUGGGCUAGACAUAGUUAAACAGUAAUUCAUCUGGAAUUUUUCUUGGUCUACAAGGCCUAUGUGAAUCAGCAGCGUGAUAUGGCCAAUAAGAAAGCAGAGCAGAGAUCCCAGGCUACUUUAUGAGAAGGAUCAAGGUCUCUAUUGUGUCUUCUCCCUGCCUGGGCCUCCUUGUGGACUAUUUUGUUUAGUUCUGAUUCCUACACCUUAGGACCAAAACAGAUUGCCCAUUUUCUAUCCAGUUAGUCCAGAUCAGGUGGUAGAAUCCAUGUUAUUUGAGGAUUCUGACCCUCGUGGCUAUUAAAGCUAUGUGUGUGAGACCUUGGGCAAGUCCAUUUAAUUUCUCUGGACCUGAAAUGAGGUAGUUAGGCCAGAGGAUUUGCAAGGUGUCUGCCAGCCCUACGUUCUUUGAUCCUGUAAACAAGGAAUGCUUACUCUGAAAAAAUAAAGAAUGGAAUGUCAGGAGUGUGUUAGUGACCUUCAAGUAUUCAGAUAUUUCAGGUAGACAAUCCCUUCUCAAUGAUGGAUGGGAGAAGGUGACAGUGGAAGUGUUUUCCCCCAACUCAGGCUUCCCAGACCCCAGCCAUGGGGCAGAUGACAACCCUUUUCCCCCAAGUAUUCCUGCCAGUGAGCCUUCCCUCUCCCCUUGUGGUGGGACACUUGAGAUUCACCUCAAGUCCACUCUGCUUCCUAGUGAUGGUAGGCUGGACCCCUUCAACUCCCUUCCCUGGGCAGCAGAUGUGGCCAUUCAAAGUGCUUAGAUAAUCCAGAUGUUAACUAUUUGGGGGUAAGAUGGAGGGCCACAAGGCCUUUCCAUUUGACUUAGCAAUACAACCAAAGGUCCUCUGGACCUUGGUAUUUACUCUGUGGAUACAGACCACCUUCACACACAUCCUGGGCACUGCCAUCCGGCCUAGGGACGUACCUUGUGAACCUCUGGGUCUUGCCUUCCUCCCUGUGACUGCAUCCUUAAGAUUUUCUGGGACUUUCAUCUUCCUUGCAGCUAAACUCCUAUGUAUGUCGUCUUCCUCAACUAGAAUGUGAGCUCCUUGAGAGCAGAGACUGUCUCCUUUUUUUCUAAUUGUACCCCCAGUUCUUGACACAGUAAAUGCUUAAUAAAUUCUUUCAUUUGUUCA